GGAGAGGGGUGGCCGCGGGGCCCGGCCGGGCUGGGGCGGGGGGCCGCAGCCAUGAUCCGGGCCUUCUCGUUCCCGGUGAGCCCCGAGCGGGGUAGGCUGCGGGGCUGGCUAGAGGGCAGCCUGGCCGGGCUCUGCGAGUUACACUGGCUCCGAGAGAGGCAGGAGUACCGCGUGCAGCAGGCGCUGCGGCUGGCCCAGCCCGGAAUGGGGGGCGCCGAGGCCGAGGACGAGGAGGACGCCGACGAGGACGAAGAUGCGGCGGCGGCGCGCCGGGCCGCUGCGGCUCUGGAAGAGCAGCUGGAGGCCUUGCCGGGGCUCAUCUGGGACCUGGGCCAGCAGCUGGGAGACCUGAGCCUGGAGUCUGGAGGCCUGGAACAGGAGAGCGGGCGCAGCUCAGGCUUCUAUGAAGACCCCAGCUCUACAGGAGGUCCAGACUCACCACCCUCGACCUUCUGUGGGGACAGUGGCUUCUCCGGAUCUGGCUCCUAUGGACGCUUGGGUCCCUCUGAACCCCGGGGCAUCUAUGCCAGCGAGAGGCCCAAGUCCCUAGGAGACGCCAGUCCCAGCGCACACGAAGCGGUGGGCGCUCGGGCAGCUGUGCCGCGGUCCUUCUCUGCGCCCUACCCAACGGCAGCGGGGUCUGCGGGCCCGGAGGCCUGCUCCUCGGCGGAGCGACGGGCCCGUCGUCCCCGAGCCGCGGGCCGCCGCGGACGCAUGACCGAGGCCAUAGGCCGCCGAGGCUCGCCCAGGGCUCGCAAGGCCGCGCGCUCCCAGUCUGAGACCAGCCUUUUAGGCCGCGCCGCCGCGGUUCCUCCAGGUCCCCCCAAAUACCCCACAGCUGAACGAGAAGAGCCUCGGCCGCCGCGGCCUCGCCGUGGUCCGGCACCCACGCUCGCGGCUCAGGCUGCAGGGUCCUGCCGCCGCUGGCGCUCCACGGCCGAGAUCGACGCCGCCGAUGGGCGCCGAGGCCGUCCCCGCGGCCCCGCCGCCCGAGCCCCGGCCCCUGGCCCAUCCCCGUCAGCUCCUCAGCGCCGUCUGCUCUACGGCUGCGCAGGCAGCGACUCGGAGUGCUCGGCUGGGCGUCUGGGGCCCCUCGGACGCCGGGGGCCGACAGGCGGCGUCGGAGGCGGCUACGGGGAGAGUGAAUCGAGCGCCAGUGAGGCGGAGUCUCCUGCUUUCAGCUCCGCAUCCAGCGACUCUGAUGGCAGCGGUGGCCUCGUGUGGCCGCAGCAGCUAGUGGCAGCCACCGCGGCCUCUGGGCCAGCGGCUGGUGCAGGUGGAGGGGCGCCCGCGGGUCCUGCCAAAGUCUUUGUGAAGAUCAAGGCUUCCCAUGCGCUCAAGAAAAAGAUACUGCGUUUCCGUUCGGGUUCUCUCAAGGUCAUGACUACAGUGUGAGUUUAGAGAUUUGCUUGGGCUCCUCCUUCAUGGCCUCUGCACCACCACACCCUCAAUCACUGUCCCUUCUACACCUCCCUUUUCCAAAGACCACCAUUUUCUCUACUUCCAAAGACCCUUUCUCACUGCCCAAUCUACUGCAGUCUUAGUUAAAAAGGCUCCCCCUCCACCACAGGGAGGAAUGGGGGAGGAGCCCUGUUUGACCCAGUUCAGCUGCUGGGUGUGCAGCUCUUGGGCAAGAAAGCUCCCUCUCUGUGGGCCUCACUUUCUUCAUCUGUACUGUGGGUGUACUAUGGUAUGCAGAAGGGAUAAUUCAGUUUGAAUUUCCCCAUUUUUGUUUUUUUAGACACUUAGUCUGUUUUUUCCCCUUCAUUUCUCUCACUGAGCCCUCUUAUUCCUCCUUUCCUUGCGCAGAUAUGGCCCCCCUCCUCAUUCACAAAGUGCCCCCUUCCAUGUCCCUGGACCCUUAGGAAAUCCCCUUGGCACCGCAGUAGAAGACUCUGUCUGACCCAGAUGGUGCCUGCGGAGUGCCCUGGGAAGGGAAGGAGCACUGACUUUGGGGUUCUGAGGGUCAAGUAGGAGUUGGUAACACCUAGAAAGACUCUUUCACCUCCGUCCCUGGACAAUUAUGGAUGAUUGGGAGGUAGAAGAGGGGCAGUAAGAUGGCUUCUAUCUCGUGGCACCCACUGUGAGAGGGAGUAGGGGGAGCCCAGGAUGACCCUCGGCUGUUCCAGUUAAGUAUUUUUUCUUUUUUUAAAAUUACUGUAUUUAUUAUGACGAUGGUGACUCCCCAGUGCACAGGGGGGCCAGAAUCUGUGUGUUUCUCUAGCCUCUUUGUAAAUAAAUGCACAGUGUUACAUA